AUGAAAAUCAUUUGGAAUUUCACCCAGAUUUUGAGCGAACUUCAAGCAUCACAUAAGGAUCAUGAUGGCCCUGAUUUUAGAAAACCAGCAACUAGAGUCGCCACGACUCAAUUACUGAUAGCUUGUGGAUUGGGAUUAUCAGCUUUUCUUAUAUUCUCUGUGCUUUUGAGGAAAAUGCCGAAAUUGUAUGCCAGUAGAAUGGGGAGAAGUCAGGUAUCACUGCCGACUUGGGAUGAUAGCUCAUUAUUUGCAUGGGUACCAGUAGUGUACAAGAUCAGCGAAAGUCAAGUACUGGAAAGUGCCGGUUUGGAUGCUUACGUUUUUCUGGGGUUUUUCAAAAUGUGCAUUAAGCUUUUGGCUAUCUGUUGCGGGUUUUCGGUUUGCCUGAUCUCGCCUAUUCGAUAUCAUUUCACUGGGAGAUAUGACGAUGGUGGGGAAGAAAGCUAUAUAAGCAUGAAAGAUGCUUCGUACAGUGGCCCGGGCGACAAUUUGGGCGAAGGACAAGGACCAGAAACCGCGGAGCUCUAUCUAUGGAUGUACGUCAUUUUCACAGCCUUUUUCACACUCUUAUCACUGUACCUACUGAUCGAGCAAACCAAAGUAGUGGUGGAUACACGGCAACGUUACCUGGGAAGGCAAAAUACUCUGACGGACAGAACUAUCCGGCUAACUGGUAUUCCUGUGGAAUUAAGAGAUGCAGCAGCUUUGAAAUCAAGGAUAGAAGAGCUCGAAAUUGGUAGUGUAGCAUCCAUCAGCAUAUGCCGCGAGUGGGGUCCUUUGAACAACUUAUUCCAUUAUCGCAAAAAAAUUCUCGAAAAUCUCGAAUUAAAGUAUGCUCAAUGUCCUGAGGCACUGAGAGACGUUGAGCAUUACGACGAAAGCUAUAGGCUUAGAAGUGAUGCUUCCAGAGAAAACCUGGAUAACGUUGAAACCCAAUUGACCAGUGAAGGCGACAACGACGCUCCAGAUUCAAACCGUCUCUAUUCCCAUAUUCAGCUUGAGGGUCGACAAAAGACUAGAACUGGCUUGUUUGGGCUUUUCGGCGAACAAGUGGAUGCUAUCGACUACUUGGAAAGACAGCUCAAGUUCAUCGACGAAGAAAUUGUAGAAGCUCGCAAAAGGUCUUAUCCGGCGACCCCCACUGCAUUUGUUACCAUGGACUCUGUUGCCAAUGCACAGAUGGCUGCGCAGGCUGUACUUGAUCCGCGCGUUCAUUACUUUAUUACGAGACUCGCGCCAGCUCCUCAUGACAUUAAAUGGGAUAACGUCUGUUUAUCGAGAAAGGAAAGGCUAACUAAAGUGUGGUCAGUAACAAUUUUCAUUGGUUUUUGCAGCUUUUUCCUGAUUAUUCCAGUUUCUUAUCUCGCUACAUUGCUGAACUUGAAAACAAUAUCAAGAUUUUGGCCUCAGCUUGGUAAAUUCCUAAAAGAAAAGCAGUGGGCUCAAAACCUUGUGACGGGCCUGCUUCCAACAUAUUUGUUCACGCUUUUGAACAUCGGCAUCCCAUACUUUUAUGAAUUUCUGACAUCUAGGCAAGGCCUCGUGUCCUACAGCGAAGAGGAGGUUUCAUUGGUUUCGAAAAACUUCUUUUAUACGUUUGUCAACCUAUUUUUGGUCUUUACAUUGGCUGGUACUGCCUCCAACUACUGGGGGUAUUUAAGCGAUACGACAAAGAUUGCUUAUCAGCUGGCAACAUCUGUCAAAGAGUUUUCGCUUUUUUACGUCGAUUUGAUUAUCUUGCAAGGGAUUGGUAUGUUCCCUUUCAAGCUUCUUUUGGCAGGAAGUCUGCUUGGUUUUCCCUUCGUGAAAAUCAAGUGCAAGACCCCAAGACAAGAGAAGGAAAUGAUGAAACCACCGAUCUUCAAUUUUGGUCUACAAUUGCCGCAACCGAUACUUGUUUUAAUAGUGACGCUAAUUUACAGCGUAAUGAGCACCAAAAUUCUGGCUUCUGGACUUGCUUAUUUUGUGAUUGGGUUCUACGUUUACAAGUAUCAGUUAUUGUAUGCCACAGACCACCUGCCACAUUCCACAGGAAAAGUUUGGCCAUUGAUUUUCCGAAGAGUUAUACUCGGAUUGCUGCUAUUUCAACUGACGAUGGCAGGCACCUUGGCAGGAUUCCAAGGUGGCUGGAUUUUAUCAUGCUUUUUGGCUCCAUUACCGCUUAUUACACUCAGCUUUCUGUGGGAUUUCGAAAAAAACUAUCUACCGCUUUCAAACUUUAUCGCCUUGAGCUCAAUUCGUGAGAACGAGAGGGACAAUACGAUGGUUUCUAGUGUUGCGGGGAAUGGCAACUACCAAUAUCCAUACUUGGUGACACCCUUAGAAAGACCGCUCGUGAAGUAG